AUGAGGCUGCAGGAAGAGAUGCUGGGAGCGGACAACCCUAUUGAAGACGGCUGGGACAAUGUCCACGGCAUACAGGCCGACAGCAUGCAAGAUUGGAAUGCGAGUUUCAGCGGGUCUGGGCCACUUGCGGUGUGGGCUAUAUCACAAAGAAUGAUCAGCUUCGUGGAUGAACAUCAGCAUUCAUAUGGUUCGGCAACGGAAAUGUUUCUCCGCAUGAAAGCGGAUUCAGGUGUAAUUCUAAUAUUACCAUUGGCCAUCUCAACUUGGUGGAUUCCUCAGCAGCGGAUGUGA